AUGUACUGUAUCUCUGGCUGGGAAAAGCGAAGGCUGUCCGGUCGUAUUCGCAGUGUUUUUUUCUCCCUCCCUCGCUUCCCUCUGAACAGAAUCCUCCUCCAGACGGACAGACCCGCAUCUGAAGCGUGUGACGGCGGCUGCGUGAGGACUGACUGAAGACCGGGGGGGUGGGGGGGGGGGCAAAAAAAAUAAAAAAAAUAGAUUAUAAUAAAAAAAAAAAGCUGGGGCUCCACUGCAGUGUUACAGUUACUCCUGUAACGAGGACAUAUACCCAAUGGAAAACAGGUGGUCUUCAGAGGCCCUCGGCGGUGUAUAGGGCGGACACACGGACUGUUUCUACAAAUCACGGGCGGCCCAAAAGCAGACAACCCUCCUCUGAUGCCUCUGGUCAGUUGGAGCUCAUGGUGUGUGCUAGCUGGGAUAAACUAGUGGCCUGGCCAAAGAGCGCAGUGUCAUUACACACAAUAAAGCCCACACAGGAUGUCGUGGGCCAGAGGCAUCUUUGUAGGCAGAGUGGACGAUCGAAAGACAGCAUGGGGAGAGCGCAAUGGCAAAAAGAGGAAGGACAGUUCAUCGCUGUGCAAUCCACGCUACAUGAGCUGCCUGAGGGACCCUGAGGACCUGGAGCCCCCUAAUGCGGCCCCUCAGCACUACCACUGCGGAGCGGGCACCAGUGGGGGCAACUUUGGCUUGCGCUGUGGCUGGCAGGAGGACCACUACGGGAAAAGGAUGGGUGGCGGCGGGGAUCUGGGUCUGAAGGCCGUGGACCUGGGCUUCGAAGAUGGGGAGCUGAAAGGAAGGAAAGAGGAAUUAGGGGAAUCAGCAGAGGGCAGCUGCAACACGAUGACGGCCGCAGACUGCUGGAUGCGCGUCAUGUGGGUUUUCCAAUCCAAGAAAUUCCUCUCCUCCAAGCUAGAGCGUCUGUACCAGCGCUACUUCUUCAGGCUCAACCAGAGCUCCCUGACCAUGCUGAUGGGGGUGCUGGUGUUAGUGUGUGGGGUCAUGCUCACCUUCCACUGCAUCCACACGCCCCCUGAUGUGGCCUAUGUCUCUGUACUCUGUGUGGCCAUGGCUCUCUUCUUGACCAUGAUGGUGGUGUGCAACCGCAACGGCUUCCAUCAGGACUACAUGUGGAUUGUGAGCUACCUGGUGAUCGGGGUGCUGAUUGUCGUGCAAGUUUUUGGGGUGCUGAUGGUGUCCCCCCGCAGUGCCUCAGAGGGCAUCUGGUGGACGGUCUUCUUCAUCUACAUCAUAUACACACUGCUGCCGGUCAGAAUGAGAGCUGCUGUGCUCAGUGGAGUUGUGAUGUCCACCAUACACGUCGUCACCGCCUGGCAGCUCAACAAAGAGGACAACUUCAUUUUCAAACAGGUCAGUGCCAACGUGCUGAUCUUCCUGUGCACUAACAUGAUCGGGAUCUGUACCCACUACCCUGCAGAGGUCUCCCAGAGACAAGCCUUCCAGGAGACGAGAGGAUACAUCCAAGCCAGACUUCACCUGCAGAGGGAAAACCAGCAGCAGGAGCGCCUGCUGCUGUCAGUACUGCCAAGGCACGUUGCCAUGGAGAUGAAGGCUGAUAUCAAUGCCAAGAAGGAAGAUAUGAUGUUCCACAAGAUCUACAUCCAAAAACACGACAAUGUUAGCAUACUGUUUGCAGACAUUGAGGGCUUCACCAGCCUGGCAUCUCAGUGCACAGCCCAGGAGCUGGUCAUGACGCUGAACGAGCUGUUCGCCCGCUUUGACAAGCUGGCCUCGGAGAACCACUGCCUGCGCAUUAAAAUCCUCGGGGACUGUUACUACUGUGUGUCAGGGCUGCCUGAGCCCCGGGCUGACCACGCCCACUGCUGUGUGGAGAUGGGCGUCGACAUGAUCGAAGCCAUCUCGCUGGUGAGAGAGGUGACAGGAGUUAAUGUGAACAUGCGGGUGGGCAUCCAUAGUGGCCGUGUUCACUGCGGGGUGCUUGGCCUUCGCAAGUGGCAGUUUGACGUUUGGUCCAAUGACGUGACACUCGCCAACCAAAUGGAAGCCGGAGGGAAGGCCGGGCGUAUCCACAUCACCGACGCCACGCUGCAGUAUCUUAAUGGGGACUAUGAGGUGGAGCCGGGAUUUGGAGGAGAGAGGAAUGCUUACCUGAAGGAGAACAACAUUGAAACCUUCUUGGUGCUGGGCUGCAGCCAAAAGAGGAAAGAGGAGAAAGCCAUGAUGGCCAAGAUGCAGAGAGCACGUGCAAAUUCUGUCGAGGGACUGAUGCCUCGCUGGGUGCCUGACAGAUCCUUCUCCAGACCCAAAGAGCCCAAAGCUUUCAGGCAGAUGGGCAUCGAUGAAGCAUCCAGCAAAGACAACCGCUGCACUCAGGAGGCCCUGAACCCCGAGGAUGAGGUGGAUGAGUUUCUUGGACGGGCCAUCGACGCGCGCAGCAUUGACCAGCUGCGGAAAGAUCACGUCAAGAAGUUUCUGCUCACUUUUCAGACCGCCGACCUCGAGAAAAAGUACUCCAAAAAGGUUGAUGAUCGUUUUGGCGGAUACGUGGCCUGCACACUCCUGGUUUUCUGUUGCAUCUGUUUCAUUCAGGUCAUCAUUUUCCCAAGGACAACACUUAUGCUAGGUCUUUACAUCAGCAUCUUCAUCAUCCUCACCAACAUCCUCUUCAUCUGUGCCAUCUACUCCUGCAUUAAACUCUUCCCGGUCGCCUUGCAGACUGUAACCAAGAAAAUAGUCCAGUCACGUGCAAACAGCACACUGGUUGGUGUCUUCACCAUCCUCCUCCUCUUCGUCUCUUCUUUUGCUAAUAUGUUCACCUGCAGCAGGGAGGAGCUGCAGGACUGUGUAGCCAACGAGCAGAACACAUCGGUGACGCUCUGCCUGCUGCACAACCUGACCAGGAUAGCAGAGGAUGGUUUGACUCUGUGCUCCAGCCAGGUCAUGCCCUGCCAUUUCCCAGAGUAUUUUAGCUACAGCGUACUGCUGACCCUGCUGGCCUGCUCUGUGUUCCUCCACAUCAGCAGCAUAGGGAAGCUUGCUCUGAUGUUGCUCAUCCAGCUCACUUUCCUUCUGCUGGUGGAGUGGCCUCAGAUGGCCCUGUUUGACAACGCAGACCUGCUGGUCAUUGCCAACACCCUGCAAUUGUCACCUGUUAAUGAUUCCCUACAACAGCCUAGUUUCAAUGAAACUGCAGAACAGUGCCUGGAGAGUGUGACCAAGGUAUCCCUAAAGGUCAUGACCCCUGUAAUCCUGACAGUUUUUGUUCUGGCUCUCUACUUGCAUGGCCAGCAGGUGGAGUCCACUGCUCGCCUUGACUUCCUCUGGAAGCUGCAGGCCACAGAUGAGAAGGAGGAAAUGGAGGAACUGCAAGCAUAUAACCGGCGCCUGCUCCACAACAUCCUGCCCAAGGACGUUGCCGCCCACUUUCUUGCGCGGGAGCGUCGGAACGACGAAUUGUACUACCAGUCAUGUGAGUGCGUCGCUGUCAUGUUUGCCUCCAUCAGCAACUUUUCAGAGUUUUACGUGGAGCUAGAGGCAAACAACGAGGGAGUGGAGUGUCUCAGGCUGCUCAACGAGAUCAUCGCCGAUUUUGAUGAGAUCAUCAGUGAAGACAGGUUCCGUCAGUUGGAGAAAAUCAAAACCAUUGGCUCCACCUACAUGGCAGCGUCUGGCCUCAACGAUUCCACCUACGAUAAAGAAGGCCGGUCACACAUUCUAGCUUUGGCUGACUACGCCAUGAGACUUAGAGAGCAGAUGAAAUACAUCAACGAGCACUCCUUCAACAACUUCCAGAUGAAGAUAGGACUGAACAUGGGACCUGUGGUAGCCGGGGUGAUUGGAGCCAGGAAACCCCAGUAUGAUAUAUGGGGGAACACAGUCAACGUGGCCAGCCGGAUGGACAGCACAGGUGUACCAGACUACAUCCAGGUGACCACAGACUUGCACCACGUGCUGGUCAACAACGGAUACCAGCUGGACUGCCGAGGGGUUGUCAAGGUGAAGGGGAAGGGGGAGAUGACCACUUACUUCCUCACCAGCGGUCCCCCGGGCAGUUAACGACAGGCCGGCCGGCCCACAGAGUGAAACCCAUUGCACUGACAAGACAGAGAGCAGCAGAGAGGCUGAGAGCUCGGCCCGACGAUGUGAACACACCGGGGACAGGCGACGGCCAGCAGAGACGAGCUUGGCCUGUCUGCUUGUUGUCACGUAAUAACAUGCGCACAUGUAGGACGUUGUUCAUGUUUGAAGGCUUCUCCCCAAGCUGCUCGAGAGAUCACAAAGCCCAGUUGCCUUAGGAUGGAAGUGGCUAUGCUUGUGUUUAUGAGCAAUAGUACAAGUAUUCCACCUGGAGUCAUUAUUUAUUUUCAUGCGGAUUGAUUCUCUUGUGUGAUGACCUUGUACAAAAAUGAAAAUGUAAACGUAUAAAAAAUGUCACUCAACAGAAAAUAUGCAAGGACAACAUGAAGGAUGAAAAAUGACCAAAGAACAAAUGUUUGAUAUGAAACACACACAAAUGAUUUUCUGUUCAGAAGUAACAGUAACUUUCGGUAAUUUAUUCAUCUGCAGACAGCAAAGGCCGCGGUAACGUCACUGUCGUUGAUAGGGACAAACACUUUUUUUGCUGUGGGUUUUUUUAAUAAAGGAUAACACACACGCACACACACACACACACACACGCACACAUGCACACACACACACACGCACACACACACACAUACGCACACACGCACCCCUACACACACACACACACACACACACACACACACACACACACACACACACACACACACACACACACACACACACACACACACACACACACACAUUCCUGAACUCACAACAAACUUGCUUGGACAUCUGUGUUUCUUAUCAGGGCCUUCUUUGUUUCUUCCAGCCUGUGAUUAGCCACAGUCUGGACAUAAGACUGUUUGUGUUUCACUGAAGUGUGCGAUUGAUUACUUCGCUCUCUUCAAUGUAUUUUUGGUUCAAGCCAAAAACAAGUAUGAGAUGUAGGAAGAACAGAUAUAUCAUUAUCAUGGUACUCCUGAGAUUAUUAGACAGUUCUGUAACAUUUUAAUUGUGCGUGCGUGUGUGUGGGCACACAUAACUGAAUGCUGGUCUUUAGCUAUAAAGGGGCAUACUGUAACUUUUCACUGUGAGGUUUUUAUGAUACUGUAUGACAAUGCUUUCUUGCCAAACUGGUUGCUGCAAGGCAUGUUUUGUAUUAUUUUGGAGUUGUGUGUCCAUUCCUGAUUUCUUUUAUUCAAAAAUGAUCAUUUGAGGACAUUAAUGUCUACGUCUUUUUCUGGACUGUGAUUUUUGACUGAUUUCAUUCCGACCUAAAUAAGCAAAAGCUUACAAACCUAUAUUUUGGAUCGUGUUAGAACGUUUGAACGUAAACUGGUUUCCUGAUAGCUUCAGGAUUAAAUGUAUGCCGGAAACCUCCAUCUGCUCACAAGUAUUGCCUUGAGAUUUUGCAGUACCGAGGUCCAUUUACUUCAUGGACCAAUAUUCACAACUUUACACUACAGUAUUUGACACUCGCUGGUUGUAUUUGGCACAUGGUGGCUUAUAACCCCCAAAAUUUGUUGUUCAAAACAAUAAUCAUAUGAAUGUAACAUUAAAAUUUUUGCCCACAAUGAAACUACUACUGAAGAAAGCCCGCUGGUUUACUUUGCCUUUUAGGACUGAUGACGGAGAUGAAUCAUUGUAUCAGAGGCCAAAUUGAUCCGGCUUCAGGUUUGCUGUAAAGUGGGAGAGUGAAGCUUUACACCUGUUGUCGCUAUGCUCACUUUGUCUGAGCCAAAAAGCGUUGCCUCUAAAGGCUUUGACAAAGUCCCUCACCUCUUCUUGUUUGUGUCUCUGUCUUUAAAACAAGAGGUCAACAAGACAAGUUGUUACUUUCCUUCAAAAAGUGGCAGUUUUAGAAAUAGUGCAAUGAAUGAUUUGAUUAAUUUCCCCUUGGGUAAGAAAUUAAUAAAUGGCUGUUUUUCCAUUGA